GAGGGCGCAGGGCGGGGCUCCGGCUUGUGUAGUACGUGUGCUUCACAGCAGUUAGCUUGCAACGCUACAGCUGAAUAGAAGUCAGAAACAUGGUGCUGCUUGAAAACGACUCGUUCCUCACAGAGCUCACACGGCUCUUCCAGAAGUGCAGAACAUCUGGCAGUGUUGUCAUCACACUAAAGAAAUAUGACGGGAGGACCAAGCCAGUGCCCAGAAAGGGCCACUCAGAGUCAUUUGAACCAGCAGAUAACAAAUGUCUAAUCAGAGCGUCUGAUGGCAAGAGGAAAAUUAGCACAGUGGUCAGCACCAAAGAAGUAAUCAAGUUUCAAAUGGCGUACUCCAACCUCCUUAGAGCUCACAUGGACGGACUUAAGAAGAAAGAUAAGAAAAGCAAAAGCAAGAAAACCAAAGCCACCCAAUGAGCAACAGACUCUUUAACAUACUUUAGGUCACCUAAACUGGCCUGUGCGAUCAGUAGGCGUAAAUGGGAAAGGCCUCCUUACUUGGUCUGUCGCCCCACCUGGCUUUCUACCCAUUCACCCGAGGCCUCAGAAAACACUGUUCAUUCACCCGGUGACUGCUUUCAAUAUUAUGCCGUUGUUUGCAUGGUGACAUCUCAUCCCUGGCUUUGUUCAGUGCCAUUGGUGAUCUGGAACAGAAAAUACCUGAGGAUUCCCUUGAAAACUAAUACAAGAACGAAGCAGGUCAACUUUAUUAAAUCUCCACGGCUUCUGCUUCAGAAAACCAGAUCAUCAGCAGCAGCCUGAGUCGCCUCUGGAGCCAAAUCCAUGGAGCCCAAUGGUUAACUGCCUUUCAUACUAUUUAAUUGUUAGAGUCCCUAUUUAUGUUCUAUUAACAGCUAACCUGAGAGCUGCGAUAGCACGUUUUAAUUCGACAAUUUCUUUAGAAGGAUGUUUAAUUCCCCAGUUAUUUGAUUUUUUUUUUUUCUUAAACGUGCUUUGAAAUUUCAGCAAGGGUGCUCAGAAGUAUAGAACUAAAUAUGAUCAAUUUUGCUUAUGUUGUCAAAUUUCAUUGUACGUGACAUUUUGGAGAGGAAAUGUAUUUUAUGUUUUUAUUUUACUUUUUGAAGUACAGUGAAUAUUUUGUGCCCCUUUGUUUUUGAACUACACACCCAAGCCAAGCUGUCAAACUGGACGUCUUAGAUUUUAAAACACCAAUAUAAUGUACAGAAUAGCUUCAGUUAAUGUGGUUAAUUCAAAGAAAGGUGUUAUGAUUGAGUUAAAUAGCACAAAAAAGUUCAAAGUUCUAGAUUUACUGAAUGUCUUUUUUGACUUAUGAAUACAGAGAUACUUCUAAUAUUAAUUUCUGUCUGUCACAGUUACAAGGCAGGUUUAGCCACAGUCCAGUACACGUCGAUCAUUUGUAUUGUCUCGUCAUGCUCCCGAGUCCAGAUCUCAUGGAAAAGGACUGCAGCAGAAUUUAAGUUGAGAAAUAAAGUGCUUUGUUAAAAGUCA